AGGUGAUCAUGGACACAGAGGAGAUCCAGCAGUACGUGGACUCGAACUUCCCCCGCCCAGACCUCCGCUACGGCAACCGAGACGCACACACGGCCUGUCUGGAUGUCUUCUCCAAGUUCUCCUUCUUCGUCAAGAACGUCUCCCACACGCCGGACCACCUCAUCAAAGAGCUCUCCUACCUCAACGGCUUCCUGGAGCGCUCAGAAAACACGUACAUCUGCGGCGAGGACCUCACACACCUGGACUGUAACGUCCUCCCCAAACUGCAGCACAUCCGUGUGGCGUCCAAAGCCUUCAAGAACUUCGACAUCCCCGCGUCCAUGAAAGGGCUGUGGCGUUACCUUGGCAACGCGUACGACAACGACACCUUCAAGAAGACGUGUCCGUCCGACCAGGAGAUCGUUCAUCACUGGAGCGAGAAGAAGGAGACAACUCCACUUCCUGAGGACAAGAACAAGUUCUAUACUGUGGAGACGACGCCCCGGUUUUCUUUAGAGUUACCGGACUUUGUCACUAGGAGGAAGUAAUACGACUGGUGGGUUAUCUAGCUUGUUGUAGAGAAUAGGCGAAAGUCAUUAUAAUGUUAUCAUUAUUAUUAUUAUAAAGAAUGGUGCUGUAAACGUUUGUUUUUUGUAAUACUCUGGUAAUGUUUUAUAAAUUGAUACGAAUUGUGACUGCCAUGUUAUGUUCUAAUGGCAUGCAUUUGAUGCUGUGUUUACUUACAAAUGUACUUCCUGUCUUUGUCAGUGACUGUAAAUAACUGAUCAAAUCUUCCUAACACAGACCGAAGUCUUCGGUCAUUAUAAAGAGGGAAAUACUGCCACCCUAGUGAUGAGGUUGGAUAACUACAACCUUUUCGAUUUUGCUUUUUUUUUCACGAACCGUAUUCUACAAAGCAUGUUUCAUAUGCUGUUUAAAAAUUUAUAUUCAAAUAAACAAUAAAGAUCGGACUUUUUCAAAAGCGCGAAAAUCGGAUGACCCAAA